CGCCCCGGAGCCGCCAUGUAUCAGAGCCUGGCGCUGGCCCCCAACCCCGGGCAAUCGGCGUAUUCGCACGACUCCGGCAGCUUCCUGCACUCCUCGGCCAGCCCGCCCGUGUACGUGCCCAGCCCGCGCGUGCUGCAGCCGCUGCCCUACCUGCAGGGCUGCCGCGACGGCGCCUACCAGAGCCCGCUGCUGCUGGGCAGCGCCGGCCGGGACCAGUACGGCGGCGCCCUGGUGCGCUCCGUCGGCGGGACCUACUCCGGCGCCUACCCGGCCUACGUGAGCCCGGACAUGCCUCCGGCCUGGCCCGCGGGGCCCUUCGAGAGCAGCGUCCUGCAGAGCCUGCAGAGCAGGCAGGGCCUGCCCGGCCGCAGAGCCGCCUUCGGCUGGAAGAGGCUUUCAUCAUCUAGACGUGCUGGUCUUUGUUGCACUAACUGUCACACAACCAACACCACCCUCUGGAGACGCAACGCAGAAGGAGAACCCGUCUGCAACGCCUGUGGAUUAUACAUGAAGCUCCAUGGGGUACCACGACCUCUGGCAAUGAAAAAGGAAAGCAUCCAGACGAGGAAAAGGAAGCCUAAAAACAUUAGCAAAGGCAAAACUUCAACAGGGUCAACAACUUCAGCCACUAACUCCCCUUCCUCCAUUACAAACUCAGACAGCACCGUCACUUUAAAAACCGAGCCCAGUGUGACAUCGCAGUUCCCGGGACAAACGAUCGUCUCGGUUUCCCAGGCUCAAAGCCAAUCAGACGAUACACUGGCCGGCGGCCACUCCGAGUUCAAAUUUGAGCCUGAGGAUUACACCUUCGCUUCUGCCAUGACUCCGCAAUCAGGACUCAGCGUCCCCCUCCGUCAGGACUCUUGGUGUGCACUGGCAUUGGCGUAGAAACUGGGCUUCCCACGAAACACUCUGGACCAACGUUUCUCACUACUGGAUUGCAGGUCGAAGGACUGGCUGCCUUGGAGCUUUGGGACUGGACGGUUUCCAAGUAGUCAGUCUGAUUCUGUAUUGAAAGACAGAUUUCUCUCGGAUGGGGUGUGUGAGAACAAUGACUGAACGUGGCCAGGUUCGUUCUCCUUGACCGACCAGUUCUGUGGUACUUGCUUCCCUAAAAGCUUUUAUUCUGCAGAAGUGAAUGGGAGACCCUUCCCCAAAGCAGGACGGAUGGGGGCAUCUGUUUUCUCGAGGAAACUUUCUACCUUCCUGAGAUGAAACCAAAAAAUAAAUGCAUCCCAGAAUCUAUGUUUAUUCAUGAUGAUUUCUCCCUCUUCUGACUCCUCUGUGUGCAAUUUAUUCCACUUUCCAAUAAAGACUGCAAUAACAUGGCACCAAGUAACUUAAUAUUAUUAAAAUGUAAACUGUGUGGCCUUUCUUAUGGUUUAUUGGCCAUGGCAGAAAGGGGGGGAGCGGGGAACCUGUUGUUCUAAACAUUUACUGUUUUAUAUUAAAAACAAUCAUCUCUAUAGAGCAUUAGCUUCUGAAGCAUUUAUCCUAUCCACACGACCCCGAUGAGUCAGCCAUGAAAUAAACACGCCGUUCUUCCAGUUCUGUCUCCAAAGAAAGAGCUAUUUUAAACCAGAAAUGGUAAAAAAAA